AACUGAGGGGAAUUUAAAAAAAAAACAAAAAAAAAAAACGAGGGAAAGCACCCUUUCCCAUCUUCUGAGGCGUUUUUAUCUCUUGCGCAUCUUUCCCCCUUUCUAAAUGUCUCUCAACAGUUUCUGAAGGGAUUCGAGGAAAGGAACAAAACAAAAGAUGAGGAUUAUUCUUUUUUCUUGGCACUUUCUUGGGGUGUAUUCCGCCCUUUAUUGGGGGCUGGCGACAGGGGCUUUCCCCAGCUCAGUGCAGAUAGGUGGACUGUUUAUUAGGAAUACAGAUCAGGAGUACACAGCUUUCCGGCUAGCUAUCUUCCUUCACAACACCAGCCCUAAUGCUACGGAAGCUCCCUUUAACCUGGUCCCACACGUUGACAAUAUAGAGACCGCCAAUAGCUUUGCAGUGACCAAUGCAUUCUGUUCACAGUAUUCGAGGGGAGUUUUUGCCAUUUUUGGCCUUUACGACAAGCGUUCUGUGAACACGCUGACGUCGUUCUGUGGAGCCCUGCACAUCAGUCUGGUGACGCCCAGCUUCCCCACUGAGGGCGAGGGACAGUUCACGCUGCAGCUCCGGCCGUCCAUCAGAGGAGCCCUACUGUCCCUGCUUGACCACUAUGACUGGAACAAAUUCGUCUUCCUAUAUGAUACAGACAGAGGUUAUGCAAUACUGCAGGCAAUUAUGGAGAGAGCGGGGCAGAAUGCAUGGCAGGUGAGCGCAAUCUGUGUGGAGAGUUUCAAUGAAGCAGCAUACCGCCGACUCUUAGAAGACCUGGACCGACGUCAGGAGAGAAAAUAUGUGAUAGACUUGGAGCCUGAGAGACUACAGAGCAUCCUUGAACAGGCCGUCAGUGUGGGGAAACACGUUAAAGGAUACCAUUACAUCAUAGCAAACCUGGGAUUUAAGGAUAUUUCCUUGGAGAGAUUCAUGCACGGUGGUGCCAAUGUUACUGGUUUCCAGCUGGUGGACUUCAGCAGACCUAUCGUCAUAAAGCUCAUGCAGCGAUGGAACAAACUAGACCAGCGAGAAUACCCUGGAUCUGAAAGUCCACCAAAGUAUACCUCAUCACUAACGUAUGAUGGUGUUCUUGUAAUGGCCGAGGCCUUUCGCACCCUACGCCGUCAGAAAAUCGACAUCAGUCGCCGUGGCAAUGCUGGGGACUGCCUUGCUAAUCCAGCGGCUCCGUGGAACCAAGGGAUAGAUAUGGAGCGAGCACUGAAGCAGGUGCGUAUCCAAGGCCUUACUGGAAAUAUCCAGUUUGAUCACUAUGGACGGCGGGUUAACUAUACAAUGGACGUGUUCGAACUGAAAAGCAAUGGUCCCCGAAAGAUUGGCUACUGGAAUGACAUCGACAAGCUGGUCUUGGUACAGGAUGGAAAUGGUCUUUCCAAUGACAGCUCAGGGAUGGAGAAUCGGACGGUUGUUGUGACAACAAUUAUGGAAGGUCCAUAUGUGAUGCUGAAGAAGAACUGGGAGCUUUACGAGGGUAAUGACCAAUAUGAGGGAUACUGCGUGGACUUGGCUUCAGAAAUUGCUAAACACAUCGGAAUCAAGUACAAGAUCUCGAUUGUUCCCGAUGGAAAAUAUGGUGCCAGAGACCCGGAGACUAAAAUUUGGAAUGGAAUGGUGGGAGAGCUUGUUUAUGGGAAAGCAGAAAUUGCUGUGGCCCCACUGACCAUAACAUUGGUGCGAGAAGAAGUGAUUGAUUUCUCUAAACCCUUCAUGUCUCUUGGAAUCUCCAUCAUGAUCAAAAAGCCUCAGAAAUCUAAACCAGGCGUCUUCUCCUUCCUGGACCCACUGGCCUAUGAGAUCUGGAUGUGCAUUGUGUUUGCUUAUAUUGGAGUCAGUGUUGUUCUGUUUUUGGUAAGUCGGUUCAGUCCUUAUGAGUGGCAUGCAGAGGAACCAGAUGAGACUGCAGCAGAGCAGGGCCCCACUGAUCAGCCUCCCAAUGAGUUUGGCAUCUUCAACUCUUUGUGGUUUUCUCUGGGAGCGUUUAUGCAACAGGGCUGUGACAUCUCACCAAGGUCCCUGUCUGGACGAAUUGUCGGAGGUGUGUGGUGGUUCUUCACUCUUAUCAUCAUCUCCUCCUACACAGCCAACCUGGCUGCUUUCCUCACUGUGGAGCGGAUGGUCUCACCUAUAGAAAGUGCAGAAGACUUGGCUAAACAAACAGAGAUAGCGUACGGGACACUGGAUUCAGGCUCCACGAAGGAGUUCUUCAGGAGGUCCAAGAUAGCUGUUUAUGAGAAGAUGUGGUCUUACAUGAAGUCAGCUGAGCCCUCCGUCUUCACCAAAACAACAGCGGAGGGAGUGGCAAGAGUGCGCAAGUCCAAGGGGAAGUACGCCUUCCUCUUGGAGUCUACCAUGAACGAAUACACGGAGCAGCGAAAGCCUUGUGACACUAUGAAAGUGGGAGGAAAUCUGGACUCCAAGGGAUAUGGCAUUGCCACACCGAAAGGCUCACAGUUAAGAACCCCGGUAAACCUUGCAGUUUUGAAACUGAGCGAAGCAGGCGUCUUAGACAAACUGAAAAACAAAUGGUGGUAUGACAAGGGAGAGUGUGGACCCAAGGACUCUGGAAGUAAGGACAAGUCAUCUCAGGCUCUAAGCCUGUCCAACGUGGCUGGAGUCUUCUAUAUCCUGGUGGGCGGCCUGGGCCUGGCCAUGCUGGUGGCCCUGGUCGAGUUCUGCUACAAGUCAAGGGCCGAAGCCAAGCGCAUGAAGCUCUCUUUCUCUGAAGCCAUGCGGAAUAAGGCCCGACUGUCCAUCACGGGAAGCGUGGGGGAGAACGGCCGCGUCCUGACUCCAGACUGCCCCAAAGCCGUGCAUGCUGGUCACGCCUCCCUCCGACACCCCGGCCUUGCAGUGGUCUCCUCUGGACUGCCCUGAAAACCAAAAACACCUGCUGUGCCUUAACCACACACAAACACGAAGACUUUGAAAUCAAGAAAAACACACACAAACAAACAAAUGCUUGCAGCAUAUAUCAUAUACAUACACAUCAUUAUAGCAACAGAAAACCGAAUAAAAAGACAGAAACAGACAUUUUUAAACACUUGAAUACAGAAGAACGAACUCUGCGAAAUCAUUUCACCUUCCUGCUGCCACUGGCUCAUUUUACAAAAGACAAAUGAACUAAAACUGUGGAGUGAAAGAUGAAGAAAUAGAACAACGGACAACCAAGACUUCACACUUACCUACAGAAAUGAGUUUUUUCUUAUUUUCAUUCUUUUGUUUGGAAAGGACAAUAUUGUGAUAAUAUCAAGCUAAUGUGAAACCUAGCACAGAUUUGUACAAUUGAAAUAACUGAUCAAAGUAACCCAAACCAUAAUGAUGUUAACAACAAAGAUGAGGAUCAAAUCUAUCAAAAAACACCUUAAAUUACUCCCUUCCUUCUAUAUCUCUUUUGGACAAUGACAGCCCAUAAGCCACACCCCCUGACAAAGGCCUUAGUAUUUCCUUCUAGAAGUAAUUUCAUGGUCAUCAUCAUGGUCAUUAUUUUUACUUGCCUACAAAGACUGCGUGCCAGAUAUUAUAACUAUUAGGAGACCAGAAAACUGUAAGCUUGAACGGUCAGACUGUGCAAACCCGCUCCUUUGCGACAGACUCUUCAUACUAAAUGAACAAAAAGCCUUUUUUAACAUGCAUACAGAAUGAUUUCUUACUCUAAGUCACCUUGGUAACCGACCAUUACAGUACUGAAAUAACCUCGAAAUGUAUGACUGACCUUUACUACAGAAUACAAAGGAUUUUUAAAAGAAAAAUAUAUUGAUUAGUAAAGUAUUUUCAUCAGCAGUAGCAUUAUAUAUGUAGAACCAUAUAACAGUAAGGUGAUCAUUACUUUUUGUUAAGCAGCAAUGGUACAGUUUGAGCUCAAGAGAUUUUAAACAAACAAUCUGUGGACGGAUCUCAAAUGGCUCAAAGAGCUUUUCAACCUAACCACUGGGACAUCAGAGACCUUUAUUAAACAAAUGG